CCAAUGGCGGCGGCGCUCGGAGCCGGUGUGGGCGCGGCGCUCCCCGCCGGCCGCGGCUCCGCGGGGCCGCCGUGCCGGGGCGCGGCGGCUCCUUCCGCCGGGAGCGGCGCUGGGCGGCGGGAGGCAGAUAUGGCCAUGCCCAGUUCCCUCCUGUGGGCUGUUGACAUUUUUGGGAGGGUUUACACUCUCUCCACUGUUGGCCAGUACUGGGAGCUGUGCAAGGACACCCAGCUGGAAUUCAAGAGGGUCUCUGCUGUCAAACAGUGCUGCUGGGGAAUAGCCUGUGACCACCAGGUGUACACCUACGUGUUCUCAGGAGAUGUUCCCAUCAGAUACCAGGAGGAAACCUAUGAGAACCAGCGCUGGAAUCCAGUUGGUGGCUUUUGUGAGAAAUUACUGCCCAGUGACCGCUGGCAGUGGAGUGAUGUGAGCGGGCUAAAACACCAGCAGCUCGAUAGUUUCACACUGCCUUCACCACACUGGGAGUGGGAGUCUGACUGGUAUGUGGAUGAAAAUAUUGGAGGGGAACCAACAGAGAAAGGGGGCUGGACUUAUGCCAUAGACUUCCCCAGCACCUACACAAAGGAUAAGAGAUGGAAUUCUUGUGUCAGACGCAGGAGAUGGAUCAGAUACAGGAGAUACAAAUCACGGGACGUUUGGGCAAAGAUCGUGUCCCAUGAUGAACCAGACCAGCUGCCAGACCCCUUCAAUGACAUCUCCAUCGGAGGCUGGGAGAUCACGGACGAGCCUCUCGGCCGCCUCUCCGUGUGGGCAGUUUCUUUGCAAGGAAGGGUAUGGUACAGAGAAAAUGUCUGCCAUCACAAUCCAGAAGGUUCCACAUGGUCCUUAGUCACCACUCCUGGUGAAGUUGUGCAGAUCAGCUGUGGACCCUAUGACCUCCUCUGGGCAACUCUCUGGGAAGGGCAAGCUAUUGUGAGAGAAGGAAUUGACAGGAAUAACCCUCAAGGAGUUUCCUGGAGCACUGUGGAGUCUCCAAGCUCUGAAAAUGGGAUCAUGCACGUCUCUGUGGGUGUUGAUGUGGUGUGGUGUGUCACAAAGGACAGAAAAGUGUGGUUUAGAAGAGGAGUGAACUCACAUAAUCCUUGUGGGACAAGUUGGAUUGAAAUGGUUGGAGAAAUGAUGAUGGUAACUGUAGGCUUAAACAACCAGGUCUGGGGAAUCGGCUGCGAUGACAGAGCGAUUUAUUUCCGUCAAGGUGUCACACCAAGUGAGCUCAGUGGGAAGACGUGGAAGGCAAUUGUGUCUGGCAGGGAGAGUGACAGAUCUCAGACUGGGAGCUCAACAAGUCUGCUCAGUGCUGGCUGUUUCUUUACUGAUGAUAUUCAGAACCAAACAAGCGCGGUCAUUCAGGGUGAUGCAGAUCCUUCCUCUGAUACAGAGCUGCCCACGAGCCCUGCCAGCCCUGCCCUGCUGGGAGCUGCAGCUGCUGGGAGUGGCCCAGCCAGCCAGGCUGAAACAUCUGCACAGCUGCCUGUGGAUCCUCUGCACUCUGAGCAAGGAGAAGCCACUGCUGCCUCAGCUAGUAAUGGCAAAGAUAACCUUGAAAUGAAUAAAUCUCCUGCAAACCCAAAUCCUUCUGCAGAACUGCAGUGGAUAAACAUUGACUUGAAGGAGGCUCAGAAGCAUCCAGUGCUGUCUGUGAGCAGCUUUGCAGACACAUCCAGCCUCUCCUCCCUGGGCGCCUUCUCGGUGGCAGCUGAGGACCAGUACGGAGCCGAUGAGCACCCGCUGUGGGCCUGGGUGUCUGGGGGAGGCUGCCUGGUGGAUCUGCACAGCCCACUGAAGUGGUUCACUGCUCCAUCAGGUUUGUCAUCAUCUGUGCAGUCUCUGUCCCUGUCCAUCACUCCUGCACAGACAGCAGCCUGGAGGAAGCAGAUUUUUCAGCAGCUCAGUGAAAGGACAAAGCGGGAACUGGAGAAUUUCAGGCACUAUGAGCAGGCUAUUGAGCAGUCAGUUUGGGUUAAAACUGGAGCCUUGCAGUGGUGGAGGAACUGGAAGCCUCAUAAGUGGAUGGAUGUUCGAGUAGCACUGGAGCAGUUCACGGGGAGUGAUGGGAUGCGUGACAGCAUCCUGUUCAUCUAUUACAUGUACCACGAGGAGAAAAAGUACAUCCAUGUGUUCCUGAAUGAAGUGACCAUAAUAGUUGAAGUGCUGAAUGAAGCCAAGCAUUCCUUUGCCCUGUACACACCUGAGAGGACGAAGCAGCGAUGGCCAAUCCGCCUGGCAGCCGCAACAGAGCAAGAAAUGCACGACUGGCUGUCUUUGCUGAACAUGUCUUGCUGUGAAAGCAGACGGAUUCAAGGCCCUCCUUCUCACCAUGCCAUUUGGUCAGUCACUUGUAAAGGAGACAUCUUUGUUAGUGAGCCAAGUCCUGAGCUGGAGGCUGGACCCCAGUUGAUGCCAUGUGACCAAAUGUUCUGGCGCCAGGUGGGAGGGCACCUGCGGCUGGUGGAGAGCAACAGCCGGGGCGUGGUGUGGGGCAUCGGCUACGACCACACAGCCUGGGCUUACACUGGUGGAUAUGGAGGAGGCUUCAUCCAAGGACUGGCCAGUAGUGCUGAUAACAUUUACACACAGUCAGAUGUGAAAUGUGUUUACAUCUAUGAGAACCAACGGUGGAACCCUGUCACUGGAUACAGCAGCAGAGGUCUGCCCACAGACAGAUACAUGUGGAGUGAUGCCUCUGGCCUGCAGGAAUGUACAAAGACCAAUACCAAGCCUCCUUCUCCACAGUGGUCUUGGGUCUCAGAUUGGUACAUCGACUUCAGCCCGGCGGGCGGCACGGACCGGGAGGGCUGGCAGUAUGCAGCUGACUUCCCAGCGUCCUACCAUGGGCACAAGACAAUGAAAGACUUUGUCCGACGGAGGCGCUGGGCCAGAAAAUGUAAGAUAGUCACCAACGGGCCAUGGCUGGAAGUGCCUCCUGUUACCCUGUGGGACAUCUCCAUAAUUCCCAGUUCAGAUGCAGACGAUGAAGAAUCAGUAGCACUGUGGGCAAUCAGUGACAAAGGAGACGUGCUCUGCAGGCUUGGAGUGACACAGCAAAAUCCAGCUGGAACAUCCUGGCUGCACGUGGGAACAGAUCAGCCCUUCAUUUCCAUCUCCAUUGGAGCAUUUUACCAAGUGUGGGCUAUUGCCAGAGAUGGUUCUGCCUUCUACCGGGGUUCAGUGUCUCCAAACAAGCCUGCAGGUGACUGUUGGUACCAUAUCCCUUCACCUCAAAAACAGAAGCUAAAACAAGUCUCAGUGGGACGAACAUCUGUGUUUGUCUUGGAUAAAAAUGGCAAUCUCUGGUACAGGCAGGGAAUCACUCCCAGCUACCCUCAAGGAUCCACCUGGGAUCACGUUUCCAACAAUAUCCGUAAAAUGUCUGUGGGGCCCCUGGACCAGGUGUGGGUGAUAGCUGACAAAGUGCAGGGCAGCCACAGCCUGAGCUGUGGGACCGUCUGCCACCGGACUGGUGUCCAGCCCCUGGAGCCCAAAGGCCUCUCCUGGGAUUAUGGUAUUGGGGGUGGGUGGGAGCACAUUACAGUCAGAGGAAAUGCAACAGAAGCAUCUCGGGGUGCUGUGCCUGACACUGCAGAGGAAAACCCCACAGCACCAAAGGAGGGAGAAGAUGAGGAGAGUAAAGGGAAAACAGAACACUCCAAGACCCCUCUGAUGGUCAGUGAAAGUCAAGAGUUGGACAGAAAUUCUGUUAACUGUUAAAUUGUUGCCAUCUAUGUGUUGCUAACAAGCAGUAGGCAAUAGUUGGAAAAGAAAUAGAUGUCUACUGCUUGGAGAGAAAAACAUUUUUGUGCUACUAAUAUGUUUGACUGAACUGGAUUUUGCAAUGGGGUAUUUUAAGUACUGAAUCCUUCUAAUGCAUCUUGUGUAAAAUGUGACUUGAUAGAGUUCAUACUUUUGUCAAAGCAGGCAAGGUUUUUAACCAUAAUGUAUUUCUGACCCUUUGUCAUAGCUGCUACACACCAUGCAAAUGUGAAUAUCUGCUCCCAUGAUCACUGCAUUUACUUCUAUUUUUUGUGCUCCCUACAUUUCUCUCAUAUUCACACAUCUUGCACACUGUCCUUGAGAUUCAUCUUUGAGCACAGAUGAAAAUGUUGUUUCAAUUUGAAUGAAUGCAGGCAAACACAGCUGGUCCUGUUUGUAGAGCCCUUACACAGGCACAGAGCUCUGCUCAGGGAGGGCUCCAUGUCUAAGGACAGACUUGGCUCAGGCUGUUCUUGCUCCCAGCAGCAAAAUCAAAUUCUGCACAACUCUGCUUAGGCUGCAGUUAGCGGGCAGGGCCAGUUUUUGCUGUCUUUUCUCACAGUGUGUUAAUGAGGCAGCAGAACCCCUGGAUUCAGGGAGCCACUGGAGAGCCCAGGCCUGCUCAGUGGGGCUCAGCUCUGAACUGUCACUGCAGGCACUGGGAAAUCGUGUUCUGUCUUCAGCUGAACUGAAAUUGGGGCAGGUGAGGGACACAGAUGCCUUCCUAAGGAGGCUGCAAGGGACAGGGCUCUGGAGGCUGUUCCAGAUCAUUGCAAAUUAUGCUCUCCUACUGUAGAAGGUAAAGGAAGGUCUUAAGGUGACUCUACAGUGGUAGGAAUGCAAAACAACUGUACUGACAGCAGUGGAGUUUGCCAGUGUACACAGAUGGCAGUUCAGAAUGAUGAAGCUCUGCUCUUCAUUUUGAGUAAGUGAUUUAUCCAUCCCUUUUUCCAACAUGAAAUCACUUUCUAUUCUCAAGAAAAAGCUUUUUUUUUCCUGACUUAUUUAUCAUGAUUGGACAGUUUACAUUCAUUUCUCCUCUGUGUGUGUGACUCCACAUGAAGCUAUUUUUAUAUGAUGAACAGUUUGGUGUGGUCUCAGUACUGUAUUUGUAGAAGUAAAACUUAUGUUUGCACGUAUUUAAGGAAUAUAUUUGGUAUUUAAUGCCAAGGAAAGCACUGUUUCCAAGUCCAAAUGUGAAUGAAGAUUGAAGAUGCUUUACUGUUAAAAAAAGAACCUGUUGAUCUUUCCAGUAUGUGAUUAGAGAUUUCUGGUUUAUACAUUCACUGUGGGAGAAGCAUAAAUCAUGUGUUGCAUUAAUUACCAUAAUUGGUUUUGCAUAACUUGCACAGUAUCUUGUCCAAAUAAAUAACUUUAUUACAUGUAUUUUUAGAGAAUUAUUAGGAUUGUAUUUUUCUCUGCAUUGUAUCAAGAUUUUUCCUGUUAAUAGUCAGUGUUUACAUCUCCAACAAUCAACCUGAUUGCAUACAAUAAGCUUUAUAAUGUACCUUUGCAUUUUUCCCUACAUUGCCAAGUUUCACUUUGGGUUUAAGUGAAAAAAAAAAGUUAUAAGUUGUUUAUGUUUGAGUACUAAGUAUUUGCCUUCUAAAAUAUUAUUUAGAAAAUUAUUUAAUUUAAAAAUAUAAUGUCAUUGUUGUGGCUAGUUAAUGUAUGGAAAAGUGACUUUAAACUGAAGCAAUUUUGAAAAAUAAAAGUAAUUUAUCAGAAAAACAUGCUUCUUAAUCCC